CGCCCUCGAAUCGCAUCGCAUUGAACUUCCAGAAGUAGAAGCAGAACUGAUUCACCGUUGACUGCGAUAAGUGCUCUCGGAAGUCCAAAAUAGUUCAGAGGAAGUUUUUGAACCGGUUUAUUUCCUUCUCGCGGAUUUCGGUAAAAAGAUUGUGUCGUCUUUAGCAGACCAGUUUAGCAUCCCGUCGACCGUCAGUCGUCAUCGGAGAUCAGGCGCCGCAUCUAGUCAUCAUUGAAAUAAACAAGAAAAAAACAUCAGACUGCAGUCUGCCGAAGAGCACAUUUCAGUCUUUCUACGGAGUGCGGUGAGCGAAGAUUUUGACAUUCAAGUGCAUCUGUGCAAAGUGUAUUUAGUGGAGAAAGUUUUGGCCGAAUUGCAUCAGAAUUAGGUUUUAGCGGAUGCCCCCAGUACAAUCCAAAUGAAAAUGUCCAGAUUUCUGACGGCAAAAAGUUGCCUGGAGGCGGUGGUCUCGCUCGGAAGUGCCAACAUUCCAUCCAUCGAAAAUGCUGGAUGCCGCAAGCUGAUUACACAAUACUUGAUGGCGGCCGCCAGACGGUCGCUGUCGACUCAAAUCGGAAAGGUGGAACAGCAGCCAUCGUCGGAUCAGCUUCCACCGGUCGUCGAUCCGGAGGUGAUGCAUGCCGACAUGCUGCAGCGUUUGACCAAACUGUACGAGGAGGAAACGCACCGGAAUUUAGUCGUUCCGCCCUUCAAGAAGGCCCUGCUGUACGGGGACAAGUCGGCCAUCCGGGAUCACACCGGUGAUUACAGCUUCAUUCAGAUAUACGAAGCAGUUAAGGGGCUGGCCAUCCAGAUCGCUAACUGUUGCGGCAGCGCAUCACAGUCACGAGUAGCGUUUAUUUGUCCCAACAAUGCAACUUACGUUAUCAGCCAGUGGGCCUGUUGGUUUUCGGGACAAGUUGCCGUUCCGUUGAACCCCAGCUAUCCUAAAGAACUAUUGGAGUACUAUAUCAAAGAUUGCGACGCAUCUCUUAUUAUUGCUACACCAGAGUUUCAGAAAAUUGCACAACCAUUAGCUACUAAACUAGACAAAAAGCUUCUUCUGGUACACCACGAUUUGCUGAAAAAUGAUGCUAAACCGGAAGAAGAAAUUUCCUAUUUGGAUCCCAAACGAGAGCAUUUGGUACAGUUGCAAAACACGUUAGUUGUUGAAGGUUGCCUGAAUGGGGAAUUUUAUCGCAAUGCUAAUGCAUUGAUUCUGUACACUUCCGGAACCACCGGUAAACCGAAAGGAGUGGUCCUUAGUUUUGCAAAUCUUGAUGCCCAGUUUAACGCACUUGCCCAUGCCUGGCAAUUUAGCAGCACCGAUUCCGUUCUUCAUACCCUUCCACUGAAUCACGUCCACGGCACAAUAAAUGCCCUCAACUUACCUCUUUCCCAGGGGGCCAAAUGCGUCAUGUUACCCAAGUUUGACAGCAGCAAUGUGUGGAGUUACUUAUUGAACGUGAAUAUGACCACCAAGGAGAGAAUCAAUAUCUUCAUGGGUGUGCCUACAAUGUACGGUUUGUUGAUCAAAGAGUACGACAAUGUUUUCGCGAAAAAUGCCAGAAUGUGUGACUAUGUAAAAACUCACUGCAAAAAUAAGAUAAAGCUCAUGAUUUCGGGAUCAGCUCCAUUACCUGGCACGAUAUUCAAACGAUGGCAUGAAAUCAGCAGUCACAAUCUGUUGGAAAGGUAUGGCAUGACCGAAAUCGGAAUGGCCGUUUCCAACCCUUACAUCCAAGACGAAACUCGAGUACGAACACAAGGCUGUGUAGGUUUACCGCUUCCAGGAGUUUCACUUAAAAUCGUCGAUAACGAACACAAAAAGGAACUUAUAUUAGAAGGAAAACCAUCUGAAGGAUUUUGGGAUCCUACUCCAAAUGCUAAAGUCAAUGAACAAAAUCAACCAAUCACGGGGCAACUUUACGUGAAGGGUCAAUCAGUUUUCAAAGAGUACUGGCAAAAGCCAGCAGAAACUGCAUCCGAAUUUGAGAACGGUUGGUUUAAAACGGGUGAUUCAGUGGAAUUCUCAAACGGAACAAUCAAAAUGUUGGGCAGAACAUCUGUCGACGUUAUAAAAUCAGGAGGAUUCAAACUUUCUGCCCUAGAGAUUGAAACCGCUCUUCACGAACACCCGGAAACGAAUGAUGUAGCCGUUCUAGGGAUUCCAGACGAGACAUGGGGCUCGAAGGUUGUUGCCGUGCUAAGUGUUAAGAACGCCGAAACCUUCAGUAUCCCUCAUCUUCUGGUGUGGCUCGAAAGCAAGCUACCCAAACAGGCGAUUCCGAAGGAGGUCAAACUGGUCAAAGAAAUUCCACGAAACGCCAUGGGUAAGAUAAACAAAAAGGAACUUAGCGCUAAACUGUACGAUCAGAGUAACCCGGAAGUUCAAAAAAAGGUCGUAAAAUAAGCCUAUCCUCAGCGAGGAUUUUCCGUUUCUCUGUGUUCCAUAUGUUUAAAAUAUUUACGAUUACGUUUUAUAACUGCGACUUUCAAGUGCUGGAAGCUAGUUCGGCAGCAGUGUAUGAGCGCAUCACACUCACAAGAACAUGUUAUUACUAGUCAUUGGACACCGGAUCUCGAUAAAAUCGCGAUGUGUGGAUCGUAAGCCGGGAGACUAGGAUUUAGAUGUAGAGCACGCAUACUAAAAUGGACUGUUCGACUUAUCCCUAAAUGGCUAGCUAGUGUAUUCAUGAGCUCUGUGUUAUGCUUACACUUGGAACUCAAAUAUUGACCGUUACUGUGAAGAAUCAAUCCUCAUUACUUGCAUUGCAAAACCUACAUAUGUCUUACACAUUAUCAAAUAUUAUAACGAACUUUUUAGGGCAUCGCCGGUGUUUAGCAAUAACUAAAAAGCAAGUGUUUGUCUAAUAGUCUAUGAGACAAAUAAAACUCGAUCAAUUUACGCGUAUAA